AUGUGGCUACUUAUAUGCCGGAGAAUCCUGUUAGGGGUUGGAUGGGUAUUGGUAUGGGCAUUUCUAGUCUUCUUACUGACAUUCAUCAUGGCAUUCAUCAUGGCAGCGUGGAAGCUAUCAAGCUCUAUACCACUGGAUAAACUGGUGAACACCACUGAGCUCAAUUUGCAGACCGGUUUCAAGGUCGAGUCUGGGAAGCAGAGGCUGAGGGAAUAUGAGUUUGAUGUCACUCGCAGGCGGGAGGCUCCGUCAGGGGUGUGGAAGAAGAUGGUGCUCGUCAAUGGGCAAAGUCCAGGGCCGCUUAUCGAGGUCAACACGGGUGACAUUGUGAGAGUCAAGGUCAACAAUCUCAUUUGGGACGAAAGCACGACCAUACACUGGCAUGGGAUCCAUCAACGAAACACCACUUGGAUGGAUGGCGUGGCAGGGAUAUCUCAGUGUGCGAUACCACCCGGCAAGAGCUUCACAUACGAGAUUGAGAUCAUCGACCAGCGAGGCACGUUCUGGUAUCACGCUCAUUCCAAAGUUCAAUACACCGGCGGCCUCUACGGACCGAUCGUAGUCCACGACCCAGACGAGAGACUGCCCCCUGACGUCGACAUCGCGGCAGAAAGAAUAGUCUUCAUGGGAGGCAGCUUCCACGCCUACGGGGAGGACCUGUUGGAAAGCUACCUCCAGCCCUCCUCAGCAUGGUCCCCGUCAGUGCCAGGCGUCAAACCCCUUCCCGACGUCAUCCUCAUCAACGGCCUCACCGCCUUCACAAACUGCAACCACACCUCGUCAACCUGGCCAUCAUUCAUGCCCCCGAUCUGUGAACUUUCCAGCAGGCAGUUCACCACCCCCAUGCCUAACACCACCACCCACCUCCGCUUAAUCAACCACUCCUCCUUCACAUCCCUCUACUUCACAAUUGACUCCCACCCUUACCUGACCAUUAUCGAGAUCGACAGGGUAGAAGUCGAGCCGAUCACCGUUCCAGGAAUCCAUCUCAACAUCGGCCAGCGGUACUCCGUCCUCGUCUCCCCAAUUCACUCCACAACCACCGGAUCUUUCGUCAUGAAAGCCACCAUACCAAAAUCGUGUUUCCUCCCUUAUGUCCCAUACACGAGCGAAAUACUCGAAAGCGUCAACCAUCAAGGAACAGCCCUCUUAUCCUACUCCCCAAACCCCAACUCAUCCCUUCCCCAAAACAUAAAGCCGGUGGUGGACAUCCCACAGAACUGCACCAACCUCCCAUUCAACCUCCCCGUCCCAAUCCGCAAAAUGGCCGCCUUCCCACCAGAUACGGCACACCCCUCGAGAAACACCCACGAGAUCAACUUUCAGUUUCAGCAAGCCGGGCCAGUGAAUAGGAUCUUUAUCAACAGGACCUCCUACUCCCCCCUCCCCCACAGCGCCCAACUCUGGCUAUCCCUCCCCCAGACCCUUGACUCCGACUCCGACCCCGGCAGCUACAACAACUACAACUUCCCCCUCAACCAACAAGUCCUCCUCCUCCCCGACCCAAACAAGACAGUCCAGAUAGCAAUCAACAACCGCGACAUAAUGGAGCACCCUUUCCAUCUCCACGGGCACCCCUUGCGAACCGUAGCCUGGGGCCCAGGCGAGUUCUCCGGUGGCACAAAUCCCAACACAACAUGGAACCUCCCCAACCCCAUGCGCCGCGACACCCUCACCAUCCCAGGCCUCUCCCACGUCGUGAUCCGCUUCCUGGCCGACAACCCCGAUAUCUGAGCUCUUCACUGCCACGUAGCUUGGCACAUGGAAGCAGGCAUGCUCCUCACCUUCCUCGAACACCCCGACGACCUAAGGCACCUCGUCCACGACAUGAACCCAUCCACCAAACAACUCUCCAUAAGCUUUUGCUCCAAUUACAGGUAGACACACCAAGACACGACAGACAACACACAAAACUCGCGCGUGGAAAACAUGGUGUUCUAAAACUCUCUUCAUUCAUUUCCAAACCCUAACAACUAAUGUACAUAUGAGGGGGGAUUUCCCAAUUAUAUUUUGAUGGUAUCGUGUGUGGACCGUGUAUAUACAAAUACACACAAUGCGACCCUCUUUGUUUUGUGAUCCGAGAGGGAAAACCCCUUCCCUCAAUUUCCCAUCCCAUUCCCCGACCCCAUCUUAGUCGUCAGAAUUCGUAAGAUGAUUCCUGCCCCCAAGUGAAAAAAUCAAAAGCAGGCCAAAGUUUUUUGAUGCUCAAAACGCCAUCCGCCGUCUGCAUGAAUAAACACACCGGAUAAGCCUCGCGAGCCUCCGAAAAACCGAGAUAUAUGAGUACAAGAAUACACUGGAGUAGCCUCUCCAACCUAAUCAGACAUGUGAAGAAGAAAGGAAAAUAUGUUGUGGGGUAUAGUGAUUAAGAGACAAAAGACGCUUAGGCCUUGGGCUCAUCCUUCUUCUCGCCCUCGGUGCUGGAGGUGGACUCGCCAGCCUCGUUGCGGGCCUUGUGCAUCUUGUCGAAGAGGUUAAGGGAAGCCAUCUGGAGCUCAUCGGUCUUCUCCUUGAUCUCGGCGGCGGUGGCGGUGCUCUCACCAGACUGAGUCUUGGUGACGAACUCACGGAGAGAGGUGAUCUUCUCACGGAUCUGGUCGGCCUCGGUCUUGUCAAGCUUGUCGGCAUACUCAUUGAGAGCCUUCUCGGUAUCGGUGAGGACGGAGUCGGCACGGUUGGCAGUCUCAAUGACGGCCUUGCGCUCCUUGUCCUGCUCAGCGUACUUCUCAGACUCCUCAACCAUCUGCUGAAUCUCAGAAUCGGAGAGACCAGAGCCGGAAGCAAUGGUGAUGGACUGAUCCUUGUUGGUGGACUUGUCCUUGGCGUGGACGUGGACGAUGGAGUCGGCGUCAAUGUCGAAGGUAACCUCGAUCUGGGGGACACCACGGUGGGCAGGGGGGAUGCCGACAAGCUGGAAGUUGCCGAGGAGCUUGUUGUCACGGACAAGCUCACGCUCACCCUGGUAGACCUUGAUCUCGACGGCAGUCUGGAAAUCAGCGGCAGUAGAGAAGACCUGAGACUUCUUGGUGGGGAUGGUGGUGUUGCGGUUGAUCAAACGGGUGAAGACACCGCCGAGGGUCUCAAUACCGAGGGAGAGGGGGGUGACAUCGAGAAGGAGGAGGUCCUUGACCUCACCGGAAAGAACGGCACCCUGGACGGCGGCACCAAUGGCUACAGCCUCAUCGGGGUUGACGGACUUGGCAGGGUCACGGCCGAAGAUGCUCUUGACGGACUCGGCAACCUUGGGCAUGCGGGUCAUACCACCGACGAGGAUAACCUCUUGGAUGUCCUUGGCCUGGAGGUUGGCAUCCUUGAGAGCCUUGCGGACGGGCUCAACGGUGCGCUUGAUAAGGGGAUCCAUCAUGGACUCGAGUUGAGCACGGGAAAGCUUGAUGUUGAUGUGCUUGGGACCCGAGGCAUCAGCAGUGAUGAAGGGAAGGUUGAUGUCGGUCUGGAGGGAAGAAGAAAGCUCGAUCUUGGCCUUCUCAGCGGCCUCGCGGAUUCUCUGGAUGGCCAUGCGGUCACCGGUGAGAUCAAUGUUGGAGUCCUUCUUGAACUGCUGAACGAUGUGGCGGACGAGAGAGAUAUCAAAAUCCUCACCACCAAGAUGGGUGUCACCGUUGGUGGACUUGACCUCGAAGACACCGUUCUGGAUCUCGAGAACGGAGAUAUCGAAAGUACCACCGCCAAGAUCGUAGACAGCGACAACGCGGUCAGCCUCCUUCUCGAGACCGUAGGCGAGAGCAGCGGCAGUGGGCUCGUUGACGACACGGAGAACGUU